AUGUCAUCCGAUAGCAACACCACAAAAGUUAUGCUGAGACUAGCACCUAAACCUCACGACAACAAAGCCACAAUAGACGGCGAUGACUCACAAACAAACACCAAUAGAUAUCCAGUACCGCAUCCUCUAGCAAUGAGUGUUGACACCACAAUGUCAUCAAAUAACGCUCAUUUAUCACCAUCGCACCAACAUCAUCAGUUUUCCUCGUCCUCGUCACCUUCACCUUCACCAACUCCUACUUCCAGUGACAUGCUACCCCGCUCUAUUUACCAUAGUCCAACAGCCACCUCGUCUACUCCUAAUAGGUUACUCGGGAAGAAUUUAAAGAUUGAUGUACCGUCUAAUGAUGCCGAUCCUGACAGACAUCUAGAACAGCCAACACAACAUCACUCUAUUAGAUCAUUACAAACACUACUUGGUGAACCAUUGUCAUUCCAGCAGCAACAACAAGAACUAAAACAAUCAGACAACAACGAUACCAAUACUGCCGCAGCACCAUCUACUAAAGCUAAAUUAGCAAACAACACUGCUACUGUCCCAUUGGAAGAUAUUACUCAACUUCCUACACCCGUGUUACCUAAUGAUUCAUUUGCAAAUUAUAGUCAUUAUCAACAAACGUUGUUAUCAUCACCCCCAAAAAAGAGAGAUGGUGCCAAUUGGUUCAAACCAGCACAAUCUGCAUCUCCAAGAAUCAUCUCCGACUUCAAACCAAUUGCUAGAGCUCACAGUUUGAAUACAGGGAAAAGAGUGGUCUCCAACCCUGUUGAAUUAAAGGGUAUGACUAGUGCAUCUAGCACAGAAUCGUCAACUAGUACAGAUAGAAAUCAAAACAAUGAACAACAACCAACUACUUUAGAGUCGCCAAUCACUCCAACUACAUCUCCUAUUAUAUCUCAACAAACAUCCAAGUAUGAUAAUGUGGAGUUCUACUCACAGAGGUAUCACACCACUUUCAAGUUUGUUAAAGAAUUGGGCCAAGGAAAUUUCAGUACUGUUAUUUUAGCAAGAAGCAUAAAUGAUGAAGUUGCAAUCAAAGUCAUUACCAUUCCCGAAUCGAAGUCACAAAUUGUCAAUUUCAAAUCAUUUAUUCUUCGAGAGUUGAAUAUCCUUUACCACGUAUCUUAUCAUCCAUGUAUAACAUCAUUACUAGAGUAUGACAUCACCUUAGAUAUCAAGAGGGAGGAAAUAGAAGCAGAAAUCAUUCCAGAAGAUAUUGACUCACAAGAUGAACAUAACACUCGUUUAGAAGAUGUACCAAAAAACCGCGAUCAACUAAUAUUCAUCAACUAUUGUCAUGGUGGCAACUUGUUGAGUUUCCUUUUGGAACAUAGUCAAUCAUUGAAUGAGAAUAGUAUCAAUUAUUGGAUCUACAUUCAUCGUGUUGUGUGUGAGCUUAUUCUCACUACGUCAUUUCUUCAUCAACAAAAUGUCAUCCAUCGAGAUAUAAAAUUGGAGAAUAUCCUAUUACUUUACUCAGCUGAGGAAGUGGAUCAAAUUUUUGCUUAUAACGAGACAAUGUCAACUCCGUUUAUGAAUCUCAGCGAUUUCGGAUUAUCGAAGAAGCUAACUUCACCCAACCAAUUACUGCAAACUAGAUGUGGGUCACAAGACUAUAUUGCACCGGAAGUACUUAUGGGUUUACAAUACGAUGGACGUUCAACUGACACCUGGUCAAUUGGCGUUCUUGUUUACUCGAUCUUGGAAUCAAAACUUCCAUUUGAUGUUCGAGCACCAUCUGCCUCAUCGGCAUCAAACUCGGGUAUAUCACCCUCUGUGUUAAAACGAAGAAGGUCCAAAAAGAUCAGUACUGCUCAUAGAAUCGCCAUGAUCGAUUGGGGAUGGCAAGAUAUAAACGAACGAAUUAACAAUGAGGCAAUAGAUGAAGAUAUUAGAGUUAUUCAACAACAAUUGAAAUCAUUUGUUGAUGCUGUUUUAGUACGUAAAGACAGACGGCCAUCAGUAGGCCAAAUUUUGGAGAAAAAGGAAUUCAAUUGGAUAAAGCAGAGUGUCCCACAAGCAAUCGUCAGUUUUAACCAGAUGCAAUAA